AUGUCACAAGUUAAGGCGAAUAGAAAAUUGCAUUCGAGCAUGGUCAAACUUCCCUUCCCUCCUGUGAUAACGGCACAGGAUAUUUUAAACAGACGAAGCCUAGAAAGGGCACACGCGAAGGGUCCCAAUGCCUUUAUGAUAUAUCGGCGAGCGUAUCUCGAACAAUGUCAUGCGCAACAGUGUAAAUUUAAGAUGACCGAAUUGUCACCUCUGGCCGGAGAAUCGUGGAAGAAGGCUCCGAAGCGAGUGAAGGAUGCAUACAAGAACAUUGCACGAGAGGUUGAUAGGAUAUUGAGUGAUACACGAAAGCGGGAUUCCUUUCUCUCUCAACCGUCACUCAUCUUCCUUGAGGAGGUGUACGGACGACAACCUGUGUCUAUAUCCAGCGGCACGGGUACAAAAAUUUCAUCCACGUCGGAUGGCCGAUUGCCCAUCUACUCCGACCCGUCACCUUCGACGAGUGAUCAUCGUGGCCAAGAAUCGACUACUUUGUAUCACUCCCUUUCCGAAGAAACAUCUCAUGCAGGACAAUAUAGGGAAGUCUCGGACACGCUAAGUUCGUGUGUUGAUGUUCUCUUCUCUUCUGUCGCUACGAUCGUGAAUAUCAUGAGCCAGGAAUCCGAAUCCAUCACGGUACCCUUCCCACCCUCCGUAAAACCCCAGGAUUUCCUUAAGGGAAGGAGAAACAGGGCAAUAAAUAAAGGUCCAAACGCUUUCUUCAUCUAUAGGAAGGCCUAUCUGGAUCAAUUUCGAGCUCACGGUCGUAAAGCAAAGAUGACGGACGUCUCGCCACUCAUCAGUGCUUCCUGGAGGCAGGAACCCUUACACGUGAAAAAUGCGUAUAAAGAUAUUUCCCGUCAGGUCGAAGGGUUGCUGGCUGAAAUAAACCAGAGGAAAGCGAGCGUGCACAUGAAUGUAGAACCAAAUCUUACCCACCACGAGUCUCAGGAAACGCCAUCUCUUUCAGAGACCGCAAGUUACCUUGAAUAUCCUUGCACAUUCGACUUUUCGGCCGCCACCAUUCACGCGCAAAGCAGUUCGCACCCCGAACCUCUUACCGAAUAUCUUGGUCCCACCAAUCUUCCGUUUCUCAUUCAACAACCGCAAAUCAUCCCUUUUUAUUAUCCCUCUGACGGUUCAUACGAUAUGUUCUAUUAUUUUUCGAGUGCUUAA